AUCCUUCAUAUUUCCCCAAAAUCGUCUCGUUGUGUCUCCUGGCAGAAAGAGAAACACUUUCAGCGGCAGCGUGGAGAGACAGAAGGAGCUUUGGACCGACUAUGAAGCUUUCUCCUGCUCUUCCUAUACUGUGGUACAGCUUCCUCCUGCUGCUGAGGGUCUCGCAGAGUGAAGAGUACUACGAUGAAGGCGUCGAAGCCCAUUCUACUAACAUGACGGAGUCAGUCGAUGAAAUAGACGAUGGAUGCGAUGAAAUAGAAGAUUUGGAGGAUUCUGUCGUCUGUUCGGUCUCCCGAACGAACAAGCUCAACUGUUCCUGGUCGAUCCACACUCUGGAGGCGGGUGCUCAGCUGUCCGUUUCUGUCAGCUUUUCUGAGAAGAAGCGCCUGAUUGAUUCUCGGAACCAAAGCUCAGCGAACGGCGAUGGUUUCAUAUCCUGGACGAUCGGUGGUGGCCAGGAAAAGUCUGUCGUCGUCGAUUUUGAAGUGCUCCUGCGUGGCAACAGGAUGUGUUACACCGCUGAGUUCGAAGAGCAGCAAUUGAAUAUCCUGGAUCCUCCGGGAAACGUUGAUGCAUCAAUCCGGGACGGGAACCUUCAUGUAAACUGGGAUGUGCCCAGCAGUAGUAUUUAUGCACAUUGUUUUGAUUACCAGCUGGACAUCGGUGACCAGGAAAAACCAAGAAACUUUUCAGAUAAAGUGGAACACAUAGAGCUAAAUGCUGCUGCUCACACCUACAAGGUGAGGAUGAGGACGAAGAUGUCGAAAUCUUGCUACGGGUGCACCCAGUGGAGCGAGUGGAGCCCCACAGUCACGGUGAAGCAGCCAACGUACAGACUCGAUCCUCUCGUAAUCGCCUUGAUUUCGCUCGGAAUACCCAUGAUCCUCCUGGCCGUGCUGUUGAUCCUGCGCCAUCAGAGGCUGGUCAAAGUUCUGUUUCCUCCGAUUCCUCGUCCCCCUGCCAAGUACAAACAUUUCCUGGAAAAGACCGAUCCGCUCAAUUUCUUCCAUCCUGUUCCAACAACUAAGCCCGAGGAAGAAAUCACUGAGGUGGAGGACGCAGAGCAACCCCCCGUAACAAGCCAUUAAAACAGUUCAGUGUGAAGGCGUGCGUUCGCUGCCAGUACUUAUAUUGAUGAGCCAGCACAUGUAUAUAGAGGGCUCGUAAUGCUGCAGAUAUAUAACAACUUGUGCAGAAAUUGUAUUGAAAUGCAUUCAUAAUCCUCUUCUGUGGAGCCUGGUCUAAAGUCACGUCAAUAAUUCAUAUUUUUAAUUGAAUCCUGAAAACGAUAUGCAAAAUUGUGAAUUUUGGAGCAAAAAAAUAGUUAUUUACAGACUGAAAUUGUGAAACAUCUUGCUACAGGUUUAAAAUGUAAGACUUUUUAAGACCGUUGUGAAUGAAAUUUAAGACCUGCAUCACCACAGAAAUGUACAAAAGGAGACUGAAUAUUUUAUAUAAUAGUGUCAAGCUUUUUUUUAAGCACAUAAUGCUUGCAGCUUCGUACGAGUUGACAUCAGAAGUGUCAACCCAUACGAUAAUUUACACUUACCAAUGGUAGACGCAAAAGAGCUAGCUAACUAGCUAACAAGGGUUUAUUAGCAGCUAGUUAGCGGCAGCCUCAAAUCACAGAACGCAAUAAAGAAUUCAAACUUUUGCCUGACAGAAAAGUCUCACAAGAGGAAUAAACUACAUAGAAUAUGACAUAAAAAUCAUCCUUCCACAACAUUUUAAGACCUGUGAUUAACAUAUUUAAAGUCAACUUACAUUAUUUAAAAUUAAUUCAAGACAUUUUAAGGCUUUAGUUUUAGACAUAUGAAUUCAAGGCUUUUUAAGGCUCUGCUAUAUGGGUGGUAAAUGUUUGAAGAAACUGAACCCGUAGAGAAGUGUCAAACUUGACACUCUCUUAGUAGAUUAUUCUUUAAGGGGAAAAAACCCAAAACAUUUUUAAAGUAACCUGUUGGCUGGAGGUUAAUUUUGAAAAACUCCACAAGAAGAAAUGACUGGGAUUAUCUGAAACAAAACAACCUGAGUUAAAAUGAUCGUUCAUCUGGGUUUGUCUAUUACAUUAGAACAUUUUAAUUUAAACCCAUGUCAACACACAGAGGAUAUCAGUACAUCAGCACUUUGUAAAACAUGGUGGAGGAUUUCUUGUAGUUCAAUGGAGGUCUUAUGUCUUUUAAUGAGAAGCCAACAGAGAAGGGCUGCCAUGGCAAAAUAAACUGGGACUAAAUACUGACCUGGAAUUGUACAAACUCUGUUACAUAUCAGAUGUUGUUUGUUUGCACAUGUUUUGAGUGUUUUGUCGUUUGAUUUCCCUCGUUGUACCUGCAGAAUCUGAAGAGAGGGGGGUGGUUUAAGAUUUUUGCACAUGUGUACUAAACUGAGAUUGUUCCAGUGUACUUGUACUCUUUGUAAUGUUUAAUAAAACUGAGUUCUUGAGUAUUCCA